AUGAACCCGGAGAAGGACUUUUCGCCGCUGACGCCCAACAUCGUCCGGGCUCUGAAUGACAAACUGUACGAAAAGAGGAAAGUGGCGGCCCUGGAAAUCGAAAAGCUGGUGCGCGAGUUUGUGGCUCAGAACAACUCCACUCAAAUCCGUCACGUCAUCCAGAUUCUGGCCUCUGAGUUCGCGCUGUCUCAACACCCGCACAGCCGCAAGGGAGGGCUUAUCGGACUGGCCGCGUGCUCCAUCGCUCUGGGCAAAGACUCCGGUCUGUAUCUGAAAGAGCUCAUCGAGCCGGUUCUCACUUGUUUUAAUGACUCUGACAGCCGCCUUCGUUACUACGCCUGCGAGGCUCUUUACAAUAUAGUCAAAGUGGCCAGGGGAGCCGUGCUUCCUCAUUUUAACCUCCUUUUUGAUGGGCUAAGCAAGCUCGCAGCAGAUCCGGACCCUAACGUCAAGAGCGGUUCUGAACUUUUGGACCGACUCCUGAAGGACAUUGUGACAGAAAGCAACAAGUUCGACCUGGUUGCGUUUGUCCCUCUUCUCCGGGAGCGCAUUUACUCCAAUAACCAGUACGCCCGGCAGUUCAUCAUCUCCUGGAUCCACGUGCUGGAGUCCGUCCCUGACAUCAACCUUCUGGACUACCUGCCUGAAAUCCUGGAUGGCCUCUUCCAGAUCCUGGGGGACAACAGCAAGGAGAUCCGCCGGAUGUGCGAGGUGGUUCUGGGCGAGUUCCUGAAGGAGAUCAAGAAGACCCCGUCCAGCGUGAAGUUCGCCGAGAUGGCCAACAUCUUGGUAAUCCACUGUCAAGUGGCGGAUGAGACCAAGGUGACCAACGACCUGAUCCAGCUCACCGCCAUGACGUGGAUGAGGGAGUUUAUCCAGCUAGCGGGCCGCGCGGUUUUGCCGUACUCGUCGGGGAUCCUCACCGCCGUGCUGCCCUGCCUCUCCUACGACGACCGCAAGAAGAACACCAAGGAGUCGGCCAGCGCCUGCAACUACAGCUUGAUGAAGCUCGUCACUCCCGAGGAUGACGAGGAGGACGAAGAGGAGAGGAGCGUCGAGUCGCCGUCGAGAGAAGACAAGGGCGACUCCGGCGACGUCUUGAACUCCUCGCAGGAAGCGGUGGGCUUCAGCAACAUUAGCUUCUUCGCCCCGGCCGGCGCCGAUAGAGCUCCGGUGACUCUGGACCUGGACGGCAUCGUGCAGGUGCUGGACCGCCACCUCCACGACACCUCCACGGGCAUGAUGACGCGCAUCGCCGUUCUCAAGUGGCUCUACCACCUCUACAUCAAGACGCCGCGCAAGAUGUUCCGCCACACCGACGGCCUCUUCCCCAUGCUGCUCAAGACCCUCUCGGACGAGUCGGAUGAAGUGAUCCUCAAAGAUCUGGAGGUGCUGGCCGAGAUCGCGUCCUCGCCCGCCGGGCAGACGGAUCUGUCGUCGUCCUGCGACGGCGUCGACGGCCGGUUGGCGCUGAAGGUACCGGAGAAGACUAGCAAGACCGGCGGCGGAGAAUCCUCCCCGUCCACCCCGAGCAUGAACUCCUACUUCUACAAAUUCAUGAUCAACCUCCUGAAACGCUUCAGCGUGGAGCGGAAACUCCUGGAGAGCCGAGGAGCCUUCAUCAUCCGGCAGCUCUGUUUGCUCCUCCACGCCGAGAACAUCUUCCACUCCAUGGCCGACAUCCUUCUCAAGGAAGAGGACCUGAAGUUCGCCUCCACCAUGGUGCAGACGCUCAACACCAUCCUGCUCACGUCGGCCGAGCUCUUCCAGCUGCGCAACCAGCUAAAAGAUCUGCGCACGGCCGAGAGUUGCGCGCUCUUCUGCUGCCUCUACCGCUCGUGGUGCCACAACCCCGUGGCCACAGUCUCGCUCUGCUUCCUCACGCAGAACUACAAGCAUGCCUACGACCUCAUCCAGAAGUUCGGCGGACUGGAGGUUACGGUGGACUUCCUGAUGGAGGUGGACAAGCUGGUACAACUCGUGGAGAGCCCCAUCUUCACCUACCUGCGCCUUCAACUGCUGGACGUGGAGAGCAACCCUUACCUGAUCAAGGCGCUGUACGGUUUGCUCAUGCUUCUGCCGCAAAGUCAGGCCUUCCAGCUCCUCUCCAACCGCCUGCGCUGCGUGCCCAACCCGGAACUCAUGCGGACGGUGGACGGGCCCAAGCGCAAUGGCGCCAAGGAGCCCCAGGCGGCCUGCAAGCGCGCCCCGCACGCUCACGUGGACUACGACGAGCUGCUGCGCCACUUCGACUGCGUGCAAGGAAAACACCUGGAGGUGCGGCAUCAGCGCUCUGGGCGCGUGGCCGAGCUGCCCGACAGGAAGCUCGUGUAA